AAUUGCUGGGGAGAGAGGCGUUGCAGGCAGCCCUAUGGUGCUAAUUUUUGAGACAACCCGCUUGCAGGUUGCAUCUUCUUUCUUCUCUCCAUGGCACUUCAAGAAGUGGAUCAUGGCCUUAUCAGUCAGCUGUUGGUGGACUCGGAGGAAAACCUUAGUUUGUGUACAGAGAAAAUUCAAGCCUCCCCUCCAUACAACUGGAAUACUGACUGGAGCUUUUGGAUCUCAAGCUCCACUUACAAAUAUAGGAACGAGGAAUUUAAGAGACAAUUCUCGCACCUGCCAGAUUUGGAAAGGCUUGUAGUAGAUUAUGCCUGUGCUCUCCAGAAGGAUAUCCUCCUUCAAGGACGACUGUAUCUUUCUGAAAACUGGCUCUGUUUCCACAGCAACAUCUUCCGAUGGGAGACCACAAUUUCUAUCGCCUUGAAGGAUAUCACCUUCAUGACAAAAGAGAAGACAGCUCGGCUCAUCCCAAAUGCCAUCCAGAUAGCAACUGAAGGGGAGAAGUUUUUCUUUACUUCAUUCAGUGCCAGAGACCGAAGCUACCUCAAUAUCUUUAGAUUGUGGCAGAAUUCGUUGUUGGAGAAGAGACUGACCAAGCAAGAAUUCUGGCAGCUUGUACAGCAAAGCUAUGGCUCUGAGCUGGGCUUGAACACGGAAGAGAUGGAAAACAUUUAUUCUUCAUCGGAGGAGAAUGGGCAGUCAAGAUCUAGCCUUUGUGACGAAUCUGGGGAUAAGGAGUCACCUAAAGCAGUUGGUGUAAUUCGAGAGCCCAUUGCUCAGAUACUUGGAGUUGAAACGGAGUCUCUUAAUGGAAACAUACGGACAGAAGGCCCUGAGUUAGAGGAAUUGCACUGUGAUAAACAGGACAGGAGGAGUUCUCUGCUUCCUUCAGAAAGGAAGCCAGCUGAUGUAGCACACCGCAAAUUUUCAAUACAGUCACCGGCUAAUGAGAACUUCGCUCAAGAGAAGAGCAGUGCGUCAGAAAGUGACGAAGAAGAUGAGGAAACAUUCCCUGAGAAUGACCUCCAUGGAAAACUCUUUAUUAAUCGGGUUUUCCGCAUUGGUGCGGAUAGGCUGUUUGAAAUGCUUUUCACUAAUUCCCAUUUCAUGCAAAGAUAUUUUAGUACCAGAAACAUAACAGAUGCUGUAACAACCCCUUGGAACAGAGACAUUGGAGGCAAUCAAUUGAGGACCAUGACUUACACUAUUGGGCUCAACAAUCCACUUGUUGGAAAAUUCACAACUGCAACAGAAAAGCAGGUCCUGCAUAAACGGAGCCAUAAAGAUCAUUGCUAUCGGAUAGACACGGAGGUGGUGACACACGAUGUACCUUACCACGAUUACUUCUACACCGUGUAUAGUUAUUGUAUUGUUCGCAUGUCCAGCCAGAAGUGCAGACUACGGAUCUCCUCAGAUGUGAAAUACAGAAAGCAACCAUGGGGGCUUGUCAAGAAUAUAAUAGAGAAAAAUACAUGGGGUGGGAUAGGAGAAAACUUUAAGCAACUUGAAUCAGAAUUGCUAAUGGAAGAAUAUGAAAUGAACAAACCUGUAGAGGAUCCAGUGAAACUUGGUGUUUUGAGAAGGAGGAGGUGGACUUUACAAAGGAAUGUGGGAGAGAUACUUCCUAAACGUUCUUCACAGUACUCUUCAGGGGAGACAGGUGCACCUCCCCGUGGUGAUGGAGGACCAAAAAGGAAUGCUACAAAUAAGACCAUCACCAUCAUAGUGGUAAUGAGCAUCUUCUUGCUCCUACUGGUUUUCCUAAAUGUAACAUUGUUCCUCAAACUGUCUAAGAUUGAACAUGCAGCUCAGUCAUUUUACCGUGUUCAGCUUCAGGAAGAAGGAUCUGUAAAUUUAGCCCUUAAUGUGGCAUCAAGAGAAAAAACUCACCAGCAGGACAAAGAUCAAGUCCAGCAUGUGAAAGGAGUGCUGAGGGACUCCAUAGCGCUGCUUGAACAGCUGAAGAAUUCCCUUUCUAUGCUCCAAAGUAGCUUUGAUCACCUAAACAAGACGGACAGUAGGAAGCCUGAAAGCUGAUGUCACCAAAGGACAAUGAAGAUAUUUUGUAUUGAAUGUGAAGCUGCUUAUUUUUCUCAUAUUUCUGCUCACAACCACUUGCACACCUUAGAAAUAUAUCUAUAAAAUGUGUUCGUUUUUAAAGCCAUUAGCCUGUGAAUUCUCCUGAUCCACUUGACAUCUUCUUUUGAGCAGUUUCCUGAACUGUGAAUACCUGGUGUGAAUGAGUAAGAACAUUGUGUGGUCUGGUAAAUUAUGUGAUAUGCAAAUUGUAGGGGAAGAAUUCAGCAAGCAAUGUGAUCUGUAAAAAAGUAAAAGUAAAUUGGACUCAUAUCUGAUGGGAAAAUCAUUAACAUUAUGAAGGAUGCAGCAUAGAUUAUCUUGUGGAGGUUGUAACACCAGAAGUUCUCCAUAUGGUCUUUUUCCAUAUUCAUGCAACAAUUAUUCAAAAGUAAGCAAUUUUAAAGGUCUGUACAUAUGUUCUAGAAAAUUAUUUAUAAAUCUGAAUUUUGAACAUA